GAUUGUGUUGUGGUUUUCGGUGCUCAAAAAUGUAUUUCGAAGCUUAAGCCCAAAUACAUUGUGUUAACAAUGAAAAAUAGUCCCAGUCGUAAAUAUGAGAGUUUCACCAACGAACAGCAAGGGAAGGAAACGGAUAAAUACUCGCUAGACAGUCAAGACACCGCCAGUCUGCAUUCCAAUCCAGAAGAGCGGCGUGUGAUCGACGUGGGCGUCGGCGCAGGCGACAUGUGGAUCAGCGCCGUAGAAGGCUCCAUCCUCACCUGGGAGGAGGUGGCCGAUCGUCUCCACGUGGACGUCCGUCGCGGACUGUCAUGGCGAGAGGCGAACGAUCGGAUGAACUUCGUCGCCAACGAGUUCCAGGUGAAAGAAGAUGACCCGCUGUGGAAGAAGUAUAUCGAGCAGUUCCAGAAUCCACUUAUACUGCUGCUACUUGGUUCCGCCGUAGUAAGCAUCAUCAUGCGUCAGUACGACGACGCGAUUUCCAUCACAGUCGCCAUCAUGAUAGUGGUCACCGUCGCCUUCGUCCAAGAAUAUCGCUCCGAGAAGUCGCUGGAAGAACUUAAUAAACUCGUCCCGCCUACUUGUAACUGCCUCCGUGAAGGCAGCAUCGAACAUUUCCUCGCCCGAAACCUUGUUCCCGGCGACAUAGUGCAUCUGAACGUCGGCGAUCGAGUCCCAGCCGACUUACGUCUAUUCGACUCCACGGACUUGGCUAUAGAUGAAAGUUCCUUUACGGGGGAGACGGAGCCAGCGGUUAAGAAUAUAUUGCCGAAUAAGGCUGCUGCUGGGAGGGUCAAUAAGGAUAAUAUAGCGUUUAUGGGGACGCUGGUGCGCUGUGGAAAUGCCAAGGGCAUAGUGGUGAGCACAGGCGAACGCUCCGAAUUCGGCGACAUUUUCCGCAUGAUGCAAGCAGAAGAGGCCCCAAAAACCCCCCUGCAGAAGUCCAUGGACACCCUGGGGGCCCAGCUGUCUCUGUAUUCCUUCUGUAUCAUUGGUUUCAUCAUGGUAGCUGGCUGGCUGCAGGGAAAGGCUCUCCAGGAGAUGUUUACUAUCAGUGUCAGUUUGGCAGUUGCUGCAAUUCCUGAGGGGCUACCAAUCGUGGUGACCGUGACACUUGCGUUGGGCGUAAUGCGCAUGGCGAAACGCAACGCGAUUGUGAAGAAACUACCUACCGUCGAGACACUUGGCUGCGUCAAUGUUAUCUGCAGUGAUAAGACUGGGACCCUGACGAAGAACGAGAUGACAGUGACCUGCAUGUCGACAUCUGGCGGGCACAUCGCGGAGGUGCGCGGCGCCGGGUACAACGCGCGCGGCGACAUCCAGCUGCGCGCGUACAAGGGCCGCGACACCGACGUCGCUAACGCAGCGCUGCGGGCCAUGCUCGAGGUUGGCGUCCUAUGCAACAACGCCGUGAUUCGCGACGAAACUCUAUACGGGCAGCCCACAGAGGGCGCUUUACUCGCCGCCGCCAUGAAAAACGGGAUGGAUGACAUCAGAGAACAGUACACCAGGCUUCAUGAGAUACCAUUCAGUUCAGAAACGAAGAUGAUGGUAGUGAAAUGCGCCCCAAAAUUCAACGAUGGUAAGCUGAAAGAAGAAGUGUUCGUCAAGGGAGCUAUAGAGAAGAUUUUACCACUCUGCACACAGUAUAUCGACAGUGCGGGCAACUAUUCCCCGGUCACCAAAGAAAAGCAAAAUGAUUUCAUGACAGAGGCUUACAAUAUUGGCAGAAUGGGUCUUAGAAUAAUCGCCCUAGCGCGCGGUGCCUCUCUCGACGCUCUCACAUACACCGGCGUAUGCGGUGUGUGUGACCCGCCACGGCCAACUGUGUGUGACGCCAUCGCGACUCUACGUAGGGCUGCUGUCGAUGUCAAGAUGUUGACGGGAGAUGCCAGACCUACUGCUCUAGCUGUUGCUCAAAUGGUCGGCCUCGACGUGUUACACUCCCAGUCUCUCUCUGGUGACCAGUUGGACACAAUGUCUGAUGACGAACUGGACCGAGUCAUCGACUCUGUCAGCGUUUUCUAUCGAGUUACUCCCAAACACAAGCUAUCGAUUGUCAAGUCGCUUCAGAGGCUCGGGAAUAUUGUUGGGAUGACUGGGGAUGGUGUUAACGACGGAGUGGCCUUAAAACGGGCAGACAUCGGUAUCGCCAUGGGAAAUGGCACAGAUGUUUGUAAGGAGGCUGCCGAUAUGAUAUUAGUCGACAAUGACUUUGCUACCAUUAUCGCUGCGAUAGAAGAAGGAAAAUGCAUCUUCUACAACAUCCGCAAUUUCGUCCGUUUCCAACUAUCCACAUCCAUCGCGGCGCUCUCUCUAAUAGCCCUCGCUACGCUCAUGGGCAUACCUAACCCGCUCAACGCUAUGCAGAUACUGUGGAUCAACAUUAUUAUGGACGGGCCGCCCGCGCAGUCGCUGGGCGUGGAGCCGGUGGACCACGAGGUGACGCGGCGGCGCCCGCGCGACACCUCGCGCCGCAUCAUCUCGCGCGCGCUGCUCGCCAACGUGCUGCUCUCCGCCGCCAUCAUCAUCGCCGGCACGCUCUGGGUCUUCAACAGAGAGAUGUCCGACAACAAGAUCACCCCCCGCGACACAACCAUGACUUUCACCUGUUUCGUCCUGUUCGACAUGUUCAACGCCCUCUCGUGCCGCUCGCAGACAAAGUCCGUGUUCCAAGUGGGCCUGUUCUCCAACAAGAUGUUCCUGGCGGCCGUCACGCUGAGCUUGGUGGGACAGAUGCUGGUGGUGUACUUCCCGCCGCUGCAGAGGGUCUUCCUCACUGAAUCUCUAACCGGACAUGACAUCAUCUUCCUAGUCUGUCUAACGUCGAGCGUGUUCAUCGUAAGCGAGAUAAAGAAGUUGGUAGAGCGCUCGCUCAAGAAGCGUUCUUUUGGCAAGUUCCCGACCAAGUCGCACGAUGCGCUGGACUUCGUAUGACAGGAGGAGCGGAAGGAGCAGUAAGCCACAGCGCACUCAAAGAAUCGUGUGGCGAAACGGACAGUAUAAAAAACUUUCUACCAUCAUCUUCAGUGAACCUAAACUUUUCACCAGACCCCUCAAAUUGUGAUAAUUUUGUGCAGUUUGGAGAAUCUUCAUCCGGAGCGCAACGCGCUGAUUCAAGCGACACCGCACAUUUUGAGUCUCAUGGUCAUUUUGUUCACAUCAGGGACUCUUCCAGUGCGGAAACUUUGUUUAGAGAUUCAAACGUGUUUAAAUCUCAUAGUGAUAAUUUUGAGCAACUCAGAGAUUCUUCAUCAAGUGUUAACAUCGAAAACAACACGGUUUUCACCGAAUUUCACCAUAUAAAUAAUUUUGGUCACCUCCGAGACUCUUCACCCACUGACCCGGUGCAACUUCGCGUGUCCGACGUGUUUCUUUCCCGAAGUGACAAUGAGUACGCCAAAGAUCUGUAUAGAGCGGUUAAUACCGACGAGGGUGAAUGUUUUAGUAGCUGGCUCGGUGAAUCUUUGGAUGGUGAAAGUAAAGUGCUGACUGGUUAGAAUUUAGUAAACUUUUAGGUGUUCCUAGUAGACUAUACUCGCCGCAAUACUAACUAGCGAAGUCAUAUUGCUAUCUCUUUCAUGCAAAUGGAGACUCAGUGCGUUAGAGAGGGAUAGUACUAUAACAUCCGUCGCCACAUGGAUUGCGGCAAGCAUAACUAAAUUUCGGUAUUAUUAAAGUCUAAAAUAACGAGUUUUGGGACACAUUUUCAGAGUCAAAAUUGGACAGUGCAAUCAAUUGGACUCCUAGGCAACUGUAGAACCUUUUCACAGUAAACGUCAAUGUGAAUUAUAUAGCAAAUAAUUCAAAUAAAGCACGGUGUUAAUGAGACAGGGUUCUAGGAUUCAAAUUGGUUGAACGUACAUUAGAUACAGUAGAUGUUUAGUGUUUCUAUUGUGUACAUUAUUGGUGACAUUUAAACAGUCAUUGCAAAUGAAAAACCAUGCAGAAUUAGCUUGGUCUGACUCUGUCUUACUUUCCAAUUUACUGUCAGUUUCAUGACGCUUUACUUCCAUUUUGUGUGGAACGUCAUAAUACUGACUAAAUACUUUUUAAUGGAAAACUCAAUAAUAUUAUGUGUGAAAUCUGUAAUAUCUAAUCUACAUAAAUUGUCUUCUAAAUGAAUUAAUAUUUUUGAGGAAUAUCUUAAUUUGGAAAUUCUCGGAUGUAGAAUUACUCAACAUUUCUGUAACUUAUUAUUUGAAUCAAUCUACAUUGAUAUACUAUGUCAUAUGAUUGUAGUUGUCGUAGUUAUUUGAGAAUUAAAUUAAUAACUGUGACAGCAAGCGAUUAUAGUAACGCCAUCUGACGAGCUAACAUGUCAGUUUGUCACCUCGUGCUAAAAAAUAUUAUAAUAAAUGUUGAAAUGGAAAAUGGU